AGAUCAGUCUAAUUAGAAAGACAAUGCUGGUCUUCAUCUUUUUUGCGUUUGGAUUUGUCUUUCUCUCUAUUUUGAUUCUUCACAAAUUAGUAUCUAAGCAAAAUGAAACAACAGAUCAUCACUCAUCUCUAAGUGGUAGCAUGGGAUGGCCGUUUAUUGGAGAAACUAUUUCUUUCUUCAAGCCUCAUAGAUCAGACUCCAUAGGCACAUUCUUGCAACAACAUGUUUCACGGUAUGGAAAAGUAUUCAAGUCAAAUAUAUGUGGUGGUAAAGCCAUAGUCUCAUGUGAACAAGAACUGAACAUGUUCAUACUUCAAAACGAAGGGAAGUUAUUUACAUCAGAUUAUCCAAAAGCGAUGCAUGACAUUCUCGGCGAAUAUUCCCUCUUAUUAGUCACUGGAGAAGUUCACAGGAAACUAAAAAAUGUUAUCAUUAGCUUCAUCAAUCUUACAAAGUCGAAACCUGAGUUUCUUCUCUGCGCAGAGAAUCUCUCCAUCUCGAUGCUAGCGUCAUGGAAAAAUUGCCGAGAAAUCGAAUUCCAUAACGAAGCUAAAAUGUUUACUCUUAGUGUUAUGGUAAACCAACUCUUGAGCAUCAAACCAGAAGACCCCGCAAGACGUUAUGUAUUGCAAGAUUUUUUAUCUUAUAUGAAAGGGUUUAUAUCAUUACCAGUGCCGCUUCCAGGAACGGCUUAUACAGACGCAAUUAAGGCAAGGAAGAGAUUGUCCGCGAGGGUUAUGGAGAUGAUCAAAUCAAGAGAAAAUAAAGAAGAAGAGAUGAAUAAAGCAUUACGAGAAGAAGAUUUUCUAGAUGUGAUAAUGUCAAAUGAGGAUCUAAACUAUAAAGAGAAAGUUAGCAUUGUACUAGACAUUUUGCUUGGGGGCUUUGAAACAAGUGCAACUCUUCUUUCCUUGGUUGUCUAUUUUCUUGCUAAAUCUCCAAGUCUCCUUCAAAAACUCAAGGAAGAACAUGAAGCCAUUAGAGCCAAGAAAGGAGAUGGCGAACUCUUGAACUGGGAAGAUUAUCAGAAGAUGGAAUUCACCCAAUGUGCCAUGUCUGAAGCACUGCGAUGUGGAAAUAUUGUCAAGACGGUCCAUAGAAAAGCUACUCACGACAUUAAAUUCAAAGAAUAUGUGAUUCCAAAGGGAUGGAAGGUGUUUCCUAUUUUCACAGCAGUACAUCUUGAUCCAUCUCUCCAUGAAAAUCCUUUUGAAUUCAAUCCCAUGAGAUGGACCGAUAAGGCCAAGAUGAACAGAAAAACGACGGCGUUUGGAGGAGGAGUAAGAGUGUGUCCUGGUGGUGAACUUGGAAAACUCCAAAUUGCUUUUUUCCUUCAUCAUCUUGUCCUAUCUUACAGGUGGCAAACAAAGUCAGAUGAAAUGCCAAUAGCGCAUCCUUACGUGGAGUUUAAGAGAGGCAUGCUUUUGGAGAUCGACCCAACAAGUUAAUGAACAUUAUAUAACUGCUUUAAUAAGGAAUCCAUCUUCUUCUUUUUUGAUCAACCAAGGAAUCCAUCGUAGAUGUAACUUUAAUGUAACUUUAAAACAAUUAAAAAGUCCAGUGUUUCAACAACAUUGACUUAAUUUUUGUUAGAUGUUAUUGCUUCCGUCAUUUCCAA